AUCGUCGUCGCGUUUCUCUUCGCCGUCACGCUCUGUCGCGUCCUCCCCCUGCGCCGCUCACCGUCGUCCGCCGCCUUGCGCGGUGCGCGCGCGAUCCAUGGAUGGAACCAGCUCGGUCUUUCCCUUCUACGACUCGGCCAAGUUCAAUGAUGCCCUCAAGAGAAACAAGCCCGUCGUAGCGGCCAUAUGCGCCAGCUACAUCUCCACCUUCGCUGGCUACCCUCUCGACUCGAUGAAGUCUCGCCUGCAGACCACCCGCCAUGCCGUCUCCAUUCCUCAGCUUGCGAUGCUUGUCUACCGCGACGAGGGCAUCAAGGGCUUCUUCCGUGGCAUAUGGAUCCCGCUCCUCACCAUCUCCUUCGUCCGCGCCGCGAGCUUCACGAUCUACAGCCGCACGAAGGAAAGCUUUGCAGAGCGCGGCGUGCUCGCGCGCGACAGCAUCGUCGAUGCUGCCCUCGCUGGAGGCGCCGGCGGCGCCAUGUCAGGCGCGUUGAUCUCGUUUGGCAGCGCUCCAUUCGAACUAGUCAAGGUCCGCCGGCAGCUUGAAUUCUCCAUCGCUGAAAGCAAGGGCGUCCACCUUCAAAAACCGCCCGGCACCCUACACGCAGUCAAGGAGAUCUAUCAACGGAAUGGUAUACGGGGUCUCUACACCGGCCUGAGCCUGCAUUGCCUUCGCGAUACGUCAGGGACGAUGCUAUAUUUCUUGGAGUACGACGCGAUGCGCCACGCCCUGGGCCGAGAUAGACGAGGCGAGCAGCACGAGACGCCGCCCUGGUUGCCUAUUCCCCCGUCGCUUGUGCCCUUUGUCUGCGGGUCCCUCUCAGGCGUCACGAGUUGGGCGUUGAUCUAUCCCCUGGAUGUCGUGAAGACGAAGGUCCAACAACGUGCACUCGCGGGCGACAAGUAUAGAGGACCCGUGGAGACCUUUACACGCCUUAUAAGAGGCCCCGACCCCGCCAACCCUAAACCCCUCGUUGCUGGCCUCGCGCGGAUAUAUCGCGGGCUCGGCGUGAGCGCGCUGCGCAGCGUCACUACGCACGGCCUGCUAUGGACCUUCUUCGACCUGGUGGCGAACUAUAUCGACGCGCUGCCGUGAGAGGGAUGUAGGCGAUGCAACAUCGGCGCAGGAGAUGUUAUGAAAGCUGGGGCGAGGCGGCGUUGCGGGGAUCGAGUGCACGAAGCGGCGCUGCGGGGAUCGGGUGCGCGAAGCGACGCGGGGAUACAAGCUUGCCGUGAGGAGGUACGGCGAAGCGGGGGCUCGAAGUGAUGCUUGGAGCAAGGCGACCAGAAGACUGCUCAUGGGACGCACCGCUGAAGAAGAAGGCCCUGUCGCCUGACGCUCGUUGCCGCCAGCAUGACCAGAAUCCCGCAGCCCGACCGCCUCUUGCCACUGACCGAUACCUGCCACCAAACGCUCGCGGGAAGGGCUAUCGCGCGUCUGCCGCCGCCGACCUAUCGUAGGGGUGCUAUCCCUCCAAUUGUGGUGGUGCCAUUGCUAUCAUGGGCUAUCGCUAGCCUGCGAUUGGCGGCACCGAGCCUGCGACUGACAUGGUCAUGCUGGGGCCACGCUUGUGUACAUACGACGCUCAUGUCUUGGAAAAAUACCUCUACUGUCCAAUAUAAUAGCCUACGCAGUGUACAUGGUUGCAACAGAGAAAAUAGGUUCUCACCGCUCGCACAAGGCGUUGAAUGACCGCAUCCCAGGG